AUGGCGACCGGAUCGAAGUUGAUGUUUUCUUUAUCACUAUCUUGGCUUUUAUUAUGUUGUUUAUUUAUUUUAGGUAAUUCUAAACACAACCACAGAUCUGCGCGGUCAGUUCGCCGGUUCCACUCCUCUGAAGUGGACAGUGCUUUGACUUUGAGCGAGGAUGAAUUCUCACCGCUAGUUCGGAGAAAAAGAGAAGUUGAAGUGACGGACACCGAGUCCGAGCAGAAAGACAAGAAGUGUGAGGAACAGAAGACAUUUUUCGGUGAGGUGCGAAGUAAGCUGAAAAAUGGGGAGCGUUUGGAGGAAACACAUGUGUUUGUCAAUGAAACAAAGUUCAACUUAGCAUUAGCCUGGGCUGGCCAGAAUGAUGAUGGGACACUGUUAGUGCUGACCACAGACGCUGAAGGUACUGGACAAGCAGUCUCAACUCUGUGGAGAAGUACUGACCAUGGUCGCAACUGGAACAACUGGACAAGUCAUGUGGAUAACAAAAUCUUCCGCAAGGACGAUGGCUUGCAGAGGAACCCACACAACCCAAAGAAGGUGUACUUGAUCAGCUUUGAACACUUCAUUUACCUGAGUGAAGAUGGUGGAAACACCUGGCGAAGAAGUGACCUGCAGUCCACUGACAAUAAACAAAUCUCUGUGGAUGAGCAGCUGGAGUUCCACCCAGAGGAACAGUUUGAGGAUUAUGUUGCUGUCAUUUCUAGUGAUAGACAG